AUGGAAGUGCCAUACUUUUCUUCGCGUCUUUAUCCUAAUGUUUGUUUUCAGUGCGGCAAUACAGAAAUCCUUUCACCAACUCCCGCUGGCCAACAUCCAUACUGUUCUGAAUGCAAUAUUUCAGUCAAAGCUAAAAAAAGAAAAGGAAAAG